AUGGCCCAUGACGGAGACACGGUGCAUGUUUCUGCGCCGGACCACGGCUGGAGACCCGCCCAGCCGGCCUCCUCCACGCUUGCCGCACAGCUCGCGCCGCAUCUGGCGUCGCAAGGGCCGGACACUCAUCGCCUGACGCGGCAGACCUUCUCGCAACUGCGUCAGGAGCUUCUGAGCGAACGACACAACCAGCUACGUGUGGACGAAACGGUGACCGAUGUCAACAAACUGAUAUGCAUUGUCCUCAAGGCCGGUCUGGAGCCCAGUUCCGGGGGCAGACCCCCAGAACAUGACUUCGAGGGCCAAGUACUGGACUGCUUGGACAUCAUUCAAGCGAGUAUUGACAAAGCCCCCCAAGCCCUGUGGGACUCGGCGGACCCUCACAUAUUGAGCGUGGAUGUAGCGGCACCGCUGUUUGCCUGGUUAAUACUUCGUUUGAUCAAACUGACCAAUAGCUGGCAUUCGGAGGUGACGCAGGAAAGGAUUCGACACAUAUUUACCAGCAUAGUGUAUGCCCAAUUCAAGCAGUUCCGACCAUUGUCCUCAAGCUCUGGGGCUUCUGCCUUUCUGCGCGCUUGCACAUCAGAUAUUCUCUGCGCCCUUGAGCGCUUUCAAUCUACCCUGAUAUCAGCGCAAUUAUCCAUACCCGCACCAGAGGGGUCGCUUCUCGCGGACUUGAUUCACCUGAACCUUCCUCCAGGGCUGUUGGAGCAAAAUGCAGCGCUCGGCACAUUUUGCCAAACAGUCUCCUUAGUUUCCCACUUACUGGGCUCAUUCCUGCCCAGGACAAAGUCACGCCACCAAGGCAACCGCCAGGACUCCAUUCUGCGCCAGAAUCUUUCGUGGUUUCUCAAUGGACAUCACCGCCUCCGAACUAUCAUCCUCAGAUGGCUGCGAAAGCCUGGAACAGACAUCCGUCAAGAGGAAGGGCAAAUUUCUGUUCAGUAUUUGGAACAUGUGCACCGCUUCUGCAUCGCUGAACCAAUUCCAUCAGGCCCGCUGUCAGGCCCAAGUUUAGUAGACACUUGGUCCCAAUGUCUGGCCGAAUUUCUCGCAAUUGACACUCUGAAACAACUUUCGACUCUCCAGACUGGGCUGUGUUUCUUUCUGAAUGACCUGUCACAACGGACGCGGAAAUCCGAGUCAGUCGUGCGGCAAUUGCAAGAGUCGCUGUUGCCCAUGUUAUCCGAGAUCCUGAACAGAUAUGCGGUCUUGCAGCCUUUGGAUUCAGGGCUAAAGAACUCAAUUCUCAAUCUUCACUCCGACUUGAUAACCCCGAGACAUGUCACGCGUUCAAUCGGCAAAUCAUCCGAAGAUGGCACUGUUGAGCCUGGUUCUGCGAGUCAAAGAGCCGGGAUUUCGGACCAGCAGGCAGAGCUGAAUGGAGAGUCCCGGGCAUCAAAACGAUUAUGUCUUCCAGCAUUGCCGGUCAGGUCCAUAGAUCAAGGUUCGCUUCGGUCACUCCUGACAAGAGUAUCGGAAUUACUCGGUUGCCAGGAUAUUGAAAGCCUGCCAGGGCUGAAACCUGCAAUUCAAAGCGUGUACGAUGGGCUUAACGAACCGCAAAGAUGCGAGGUGCUGGAUGUCAUAGGCAAGAUUUCCUGUAGCGCUGCCGGAAACCUGUCGAGAAAACAUUCUGAAGUCACCACACAAGACACCCUGUACUGUGAACUGUGUGACAAUGAGCAAUACCAAGACGAUCAGGUCCUUGGUCAUGAAUAUCCCGACCUUGAAGAUCUGUGGAAUAUCUUCAACUUCGUCUUACCCAAGCUCACACGCACUCCUGGGCCUCGCAUAGCGGCAAUGAUUGCUCUGAGAAGGGUUCUAAUGCACUCCGCGAACUCAAAUGAAAUGCACCUAUCCUCCUCCUCGUGUGGAGAAUUUUGCCUUCACUCCCUCCGAAGCUCCAACAGAGAACUGCGAGUGGCAACUGGGCAUUCAGUCGUGGCCUUUGUUCGUUCCACUCUACAGCCCGACAUUCGUCACGCCAAUUUCGUCAUUGUCCUGGAAUGGCUGAAAAACCUAUCCGAGAAGGAGGACAUACCACUGCAUGAGACUUGUGUCAUAACACUAUGUCGACUGGCCAGAGUUUCGGACGAUGACGAGAAGAACCUCAUUCUUCUACGUCUCCUGGAAUAUUUAGGACAUCCAAAUCCGUAUGUCUGCGCAGUGGCAUAUAAUGAACUCUCCAAGCUUGCACAACAGUUCGCCCUGACGCCUGCCGGUCUAUUCCGACCUUAUUGGCGGACACUCUCGGUGACAGUCGUCAAAAACCUUCAGUUCCGCCCAUAUAUGGCAGAGCAGCUCUGCGAGUUACUUGGUAUGAAGGUUGACGGUUUUCUUCGGCUGACAGAGGUCCAUGUGCUCCCCUACCUAGUGUUGACGCGGAAACGAGACAUCAUAUGUCGAAUCGGUGCAAGUCGCAAUGAGGGCGAGUCACCUUUUGAUGUCUGUUCGGAGAAGAAUAAUCUGGCUGCAAUCCUUGCUUUUCUUUUGUCCCAGCCGUCAAGCAAUCCUGAAGCUAUGAUCAUGUCCCUGCUGGCGGAAAUUGAUUCUGCUUUCAAGGGUCGAACCCUGGCAGAGUUGGUUCGGAUCGAACCAAUUCUCAUUGCCUGCGAUUUACUGAAAGGCCUUGGGGAUGCUGGAGAGCAACACAAGGAAAGGUUCUAUCAAGCACUGCGUCGCCUAGCCAGUUUUGUCCCUCGAAAAGUCGUGCAUGGAACGUCAUCCAAGAAGGCUGAUCUCCUGAGCCAUUUUAUCGAGGAACAUGUGCUUGGUAUCAUCACUCAAUUUGCGAAUGCCAUCAACGACUUCCAAGUGCGGCAGACUUUGGCAGAAAAGAGAAGAAAUAUCCGAGCCAUUGAAGAAAUGAUCGAGAUUGCCCAGGGUCACGUCAGCAGCGGACUGCCUCAAGUCUGCGCCUGUCUACGCUCCGCACUCGAAAUAGAAGAGCUCUGUGACUAUGCUUUCUCCGCGUGGAAGACAUUGAUCAGUUCAUUGGACGAAGAGGAGAUUGAACCUCUUAUUGACCAGACCCUGGCGAUUGUGGUGAGAUAUUGGGGCAACUUGACUACCGCAAGAAGAACUCAGGCGUGUCAGCUUGUCGACGAUAUCUUGACAGAUCACCCAAAUCUCGUUCGUGACACAUUUAACAUCAUGCCCUCCCUGGCCUCAAUCCCCGAAAUGGUUCCUUUCGAGGACAAGAUUAACCAGUUGAGGGUGCAAAUGGAUGUUCGAAGCCAAUUUAUGGCUUUCAUUCGCCGCUGUCAGAGUGAAAAUGCCACUGUUGUCGAGCAGGCACUGAAAGAACUGCUGCCUUUCCUUUCGCGAAAUGAGGAUUUCCUCCACGUGUCGGUCCUCAGCGAGCAACCGGACCCAGUGAUUGCGCAGUUGACCAGAGCAUUACUCGAUUGCUGUGUCAAAUUCAACACCAUUUCAGAUAGCAUUACCUUACUGGCAGCUCGGUGCCUGGGUCUUGUGGGUUGUCUUGAUCCAAACCGAGUGGAGACGAUCAAGGAAAAGAGGGACAUUCUCGUCUUAUCCAACUUUGAUAGGAUGGAGGAGACGGUGGAGUUUAUCCUCUUUUUUCUCCAACAUGUGCUGGUCGACGCAUUCUUGUCUGCUUCCAACACCAGGGCCCAGGGAUUUCUGGCAUAUGCCAUGCAAGGCCUUCUCAAAAUCUGCAAUCUGAAUGGAUCUGUCACCCAGCGCUCUCGCGACAUUCAGAAUGAUGAGAAAUAUAAACGUUGGAUGGAGCUUCCGGAAACUGUCCAGAACACACUCACACCGUUCCUCACUUCGACAUACACGGUCACCGUCGUUACGUCCAGUGCGAAGGUCCCGUAUCCUGUGUUCUCCCCUCAUCUGACACAUAGCGAAUGGCUUCGAACCCUGGUCCAAGAUCUACUGCAAAAUGGAAACGGAGAGAAUGCAAAAAUUAUUUUCACCGUAUGCAGUCGUGUGGUGAAGGGCCAGGAUAUCGCUAUCUCAUCAUUUCUCUUGCCAUUUGCUGUGCUUAAUCGCAUAGUAGGAGGCACUGACCAGGAACAGCAGGAUCUUAAGGAAGAGUUGAUGGCGGUCCUUACGCAUCCUCUCCCGGAGACAAGCAACAACGAGCGGGAGACUAUCAUAAGUAGCAGCCAAAGCGUUUUCGAAGUUCUGGACUACCUAUCAAGGUGGGUUCAAGGAAAGAAGAAGCAGCUCAAUAGCCUGAGCCCUCCUGCACAGCAAGGGAGUCGGCCUUCUUACAGGGACGCUGGCCGUGAUUUGCUUCUCGAAAAGUAUUCCGCGCACAUCAAAUCUGUGGAGGGUCUUCUGGUGUCAAUCCCACCAGAGAUCAUCUCCAAACGUGCUGUUGAAUGCAAAUCGUUCUCCAGAGCCCUUUUUCAUUGGGAGCAGUACAUUCGGAAGUGCAGAUCUCAAAAAGAAACUCAAGAUCGCACGAGCCUUGGACCUCUCUACCAACGGUUGCAAGACAUCUAUAGCCAGAUCGAUGAACCUGAUGGGAUUGAAGGGAUUUCCAGCCAUCUGCCUGCACUUGACGUGGACCAGCAGGUUCUGGAACAUCGAAAGGCUGGGAGGUGGCCUACUGCUCAGAGUUGGUACGAGCUGCAGCUCGAGAAAGAGCCUGACAACGUCGAUGCCCAGUGGAACCUUGUCACUUGCCUCAAGGAAUCUGACCAGCAAGAUGCUAUUCUUACGCGCUUCGAAACCCUGAAAGACAAUGAAUCUGCAACCUCUCGGUUUCUACCAUUUGCAGUGGAGGCUUCCUGGAUGACCGGGCGAUGGGACAAGCUGCAGGGCUACCUUAGUCUUUGUGCAAGACAAGGUAAUGGAGAUUUUAAUGUCGGGAUUGGCUCGGCUCUCAAUGCUCUUCGUCAAAGCCAGAGCGAAAAAUUCGCAGACAUCAUCAAUCAGCUACGACUUCAUGUCGCGAGAGCAUUAACAGCCAACUCAGUGGGCUCCUUACAAUCUUGCCAUGACGAUAUGCUCAAGUUGCAUGCACUGGCAGAUGUCGAAUCUAUUGCUCUCGCAGGGACCGAGAAAUCAUACUCGCACCCAGAUCUGCUUCAUGCUCUCGACCAACGUCUGAAUGUCCUGGGAGGUUAUGUCGCUGACAAACAGUAUCUCCUCGGUUUGCGACGAGCUGCUAUGGAGCUGGCGGGCCAAUUCGCCGACUCUGAUAUAUCCUCCGCUUGGCUCACUAGUGCCCGUCUGUCCCGCAAAAGCAACUUCACCGGCCAAGCAUAUCACUCAAUGCUUCAUGCAGCUCGGCUUAAAGAUAGAUCAGCCACCAUUGAACACGCUCGGCUACUCUGGAAAGAUGGCCAUCAUCGGAAGGCGAUACAGACACUUGAGGGUGCAAUUUCUGGUAAUGAGGUCACCACUUCAUCGGCUUCUGCAUCGGCUGAAUCGCUAUCAUUCACUUCUGGGCGUGGUCAACAUCGAAAUGAGCUUGCCGCUAGAGCACACCUGUUGCUAGCGAAAUGGACGGACAGAGCCGGUCAGACGCACUCCCAAGCAAUUGUUCAAAGAUAUCGUGAGGCUAUCAAAUUGUAUCCGCGAUGGGAGAAGGCACACUACUACUUGGGCAAGCACUACAAUAAGAUCCUGGAGUCUGAGAAGUCCAAGCCCAUGGGGAAGGAGGCGCAGAUAUACUUAAGUGGAGAAGCCACGAAGCUUGUCAUCGACAACUACCUCCGCUCAUUAACAUAUGGAAGCAAAUACGUGUUUCAGACACUGCCUAAAGUUUUGACGCUCUGGCUAGAGCAUGCUUCUAUUGUCAAUCAGGAUAUUGAUCCGAAACGCGGGGAUAACGAGCAGAAGAGCCUGGAUGAGAUGCACGCACAACUCAAGAAAUACAUAUCAUCUCGUCUGCAGCCGGCUCUGCUAUUCACGAUUCUCCCUCAAGUGGUUGCACGUAUCUGUCACGGCAAUCAUACCGUCUACGACCUAUUGACACGGAUCGUGGCCAAAGCUGUCAAUCACUUUCCGCAGCAAGGCUUAUGGACGGUGCUUGCCGUAGUCAAAUCCUCCUCAAAGGAGCGGGCCCAAGGAGGUAUUAAUUGCCUCCAGAAAAUCAUGGACUACAGCAAUAAAACCAAGGCAGAGUCGUCAUUGACAGAUAUUCGCCAAAUGAUCAACCAAGGGAAAAAGUUCUCGGAAGAACUCCUCCAGCUGUGUUUAGCCCGCGUCGAGGAGAAGAUCUCCAAGAUCAGUCUUGCGCGUACCCUGAGAUUUAACCAUAAAGUCGCUCCUUGUCGGUUAGUAGUGCCAUUUCAGGCGAUGCUGAUUCCCAGCCUCCCUGCAAGUCACGAUGCAGAGUAUCUCAAAGGAUUCCGGGCCUUCCCGCGGGACCCAACUACUAUUGAAGCUGUUCUGGAUGAUGCCCAGAUCUUGAACUCGCUUCAGAAGCCACGAAAGAUUAGUAUCCGAGGCUCUGAUGGAAAGAUCUACAACGCCCUUUGCAAACCCAAGGAUGAUCUGCGCAAGGACCAGCGUCUGAUGGAAUUCAACAACAUGAUCAACCGGUUCCUGAAGAGAGAUGUCGAGUCCAGCAAGCGGCGCAUGUACAUCAAAACGUAUGCUGUGACGCCUCUGAAUGAGGAAUGCGGCCUCAUUGAGUGGGUUGAUAACCUCCGAACAUUGAGAGAAAUUGUCAUCAAAUUGCUGCGCGAAAGGGGUGCUACAAUAAACUACAACGAGAUCAGACAUUACCUGGAAGAAAUCAAAAACGACCACGCCAAACUUCCUUUGUUCACCUCCAAGAUCCUGGCAAAACUCCCACCUGUUCUUCAUGAAUGGUUCGUGGAGAUGUUCCCAGAGACAGAAGCAUGGUUUACUGCAAGGCUGCGAUAUACCCGAUCCUCUGCUGUAAUGUCAAUGGUCGGAUAUGUUCUGGGACUGGGCGACCGACAUGGCGAGAAUCUCUCGUUCGAGGAAGGCACUGGCGGUGUUCUGCACGUCGACUUCAACUGUCUUUUUGACAAAGGCCAAACAUUCGAAAUACCGGAAGUAGUUCCUUUCCGGCUCACUCACAACAUGAUCGAUGCUUUUGGAGCGUAUGGGUACAAUGGCCCCUUCCGGAGAACCUGCGAAAUCACUCUUGGUCUUCUCCGACAGAACGAGGAUGCCUUGAUGACUGUGCUCGAAACCUUCUUGCAUGACCCAACAACCGACUUCAUUGGCAAAAGGCGCCGCACCCAUACGAAUGUGCCUGAUACGCCCGCUGGUGUGCUGGAAGAUGUACGCAACAAGCUCCGAGGUUUCAUGAACAAACAGCCAAUCCCCCUGUCCGUGGAUGGCCAGGUAGACGAACUGAUCAUGCAGGCGACGGACAAGAAAAACCUGGCGGCCAUGUAUGUCGGAUGGUGUGCAUUUUUCUAA